UUAAAAAGAAAAGAGAGAGCGUUCCGACACGCAGCGGCACAGACGCGCGGCGCCGAGAGAUCCAAGCGCGGCGCUUGGUAGCGUUUUUUCUUUGCCCUGUUUUGGCGAAGGAGAUGGCGGAGGCGUACAGAUCGGAGGACGAUUACGAUUACCUGUUCAAGGUGGUGCUGAUCGGGGACUCCGGGGUGGGGAAGUCGAAUUUGCUGUCGAGGUUCACGAGGAAUGAGUUCAGCCUGGAGUCCAAGUCGACCAUCGGGGUGGAGUUCGCCACCAGGAGCUUGACCGUGGACAGCAAGGUGAUCAAGGCUCAGAUUUGGGACACCGCCGGCCAGGAGAGGUACCGUGCCAUCACUAGUGCUUACUACCGAGGAGCUGUGGGUGCACUACUCGUCUAUGAUGUUACUCGGCGUUCUACAUUUGAGAGUGUUGAACGUUGGCUGAAGGAGUUGAGGGACCACACAGAUCCCAGUGUGGUUGUCAUGCUCGUUGGUAACAAGUCCGACCUCCGCCAUCUUGUUGCUGUUUCCACUGAAGAUGGAAAGGCUUUUGCUGAGAGGGAAUCACUCUUUUUCAUGGAGACAUCAGCACUAGAAUCAACAAAUGUGGAUAAUGCUUUUGCAGAUGUUCUGACUCAGAUUUAUCAAAUUGUAUGCAAGAAAGCAGUCGAGGCAGGUGAUGAUGCAACAUCUGCUUUCCCCAGUAAAGGAGAGAGAAUAGAUGUGAAAGAUGAUGUUUCUGCGCUGAAGAAAUCUGGCUGCUGCUCUGGCUAGCAAAGGUGAUGCUGCACAACAUUUAAUUUCUUCAUUUCGCCCAUGCUAAGUAUUCUGCUCAACAUUUCUCAUGGUGGAUUUUAGACCACCAUUUUGUGGGACUCAAGUGCUUGAAAUUGAAUACAUCAAGAUUUUCUUACAUUUAAUACUUGGAUUCUUAAAUCGUGAAGAAAUAUAUUUUAAGAUU